AUGAAGAUUGUAGAAACCAUUUCAGUCUUCAAGAUCCUCUUUCUGCUGGUUCUGGUCACCUCAAGUUACGGGAUACAGAGAGCUCCUCGUAUCAUCACCUUAUUAGAGACACUGGAUGUACUACUGGAUCACAAUGCCACCUUCAUCUGUGAGGUGGAGUCCCGUCCCCCUGCUGAAAUCACUUGGACCAAGAAUAACCACCCAAUAAUGUACUAUGACCCCCGGUACAUUACCAGGGAACAGGGACAGAUGCUAAUGAUCCCUCAUGUAAGAGAGUCAGACAAUGGAGAGUACUGCUGCCUCGCCAGUAACGGCAUUGGGGAGCCAGCCAAGAGCUGUGGAGCGCUGCAGCUAAAGAUGAAGCCACAAAUCAAGCGCCAUCCUACCAAUGUAACCCUUCUGGUAGAAUCCAAAGCAGUGUUGCCCUGCGUUACCCUCGGCAACCCCAAACCGGAUGUGACCUGGCUCAAAGAUGAUGAGCUUAUCAAGGUCAGUGACCGUGUUACCGUUCUUGACUAUGGUGCGUUGAAGAUCCACAACAUACAGAAGGAGGAUGCAGGACAGUAUCGCUGCGUGGCCAGGAAUAGCUUUGGUCUGGCCUUUUCAAAGCCUGUCAGCAUAGAGGUACAGGCUCCAGCACGAAUCCUGCGGGUUCCUAAGGAGAAGAGGGUCGCGUAUGGCAGCCAGAUUUCCCUGGAGUGUAAUGCCACAGGAAAUCCAAUCCCCACAAUCACCUGGCUGGAAAAUGGGAACACUAUCUCAGGGGCAUCGGUCGAAGAGACUUUGACUGGAGAGGUGAUCCUGUCCGUUCUUAAAGUGACGGUGAAUAAGCCCGCUCUCUACACAUGUCUGGCCUCCAACAGACACAGUGCUGGAGCCAACACUGUCAAGGCAACUGCUAAAGUCACUGUCGCAGAGUGGAGACUCUAUAAGGGCGUCACAGGCUACUGCAGUGCGUAUCGUGGAGAUGUCUGCCGCACCAUUCUACGAGAUGAUUUGCUGGUUUUCUUUAACUCCUCCCUCUCGGACCCCGAGGACAUGCAGGAGUACCUGGUUCAGAGCUGGUGGACGGAACUGGAAGGGCUCAGUAUGCUUUGUAGCCCUGCUAUACGCUCACUGCUCUGCCACUCCUCCUUCCCUGACUGCAACCCAUCAGGGUUAGGACCGGCACCUAAACCUGUCUGCAGAGAACACUGCCUGGCAGUGAAGGAGCUGUACUGCCAUAAGGAGUGGUUGGUACUGGAGGGCAGCAGUUCAGUCCAGCCGGGCCUGUUCAGCUCUGUCCCUGGGUCCCACACUCCCAGUUCACUGCUGCCCAACUGUCAGAGCUUGCCAAGUCUUCGCACAGACCCUGAGGCUUGUACACAUGUCCCUUUUGUGGACAUCAAGAGAGACCAAAUUACAACAACAUGUUAUGAUGACAGAGGCCGUUUCUACCAAGGCAGUGCGAAUGUGACGAGACUCUAUAAGGGCGUCACAGGCUACUGCAGUGCGUAUCGUGGAGAUGUCUGCCGCACCAUUCUACGAGAUGAUUUGCUGGUUUUCUUUAACUCCUCCCUCUCGGACCCCGAGGACAUGCAGGAGUACCUGGUUCAGAGCUGGUGGACGGAACUGGAAGGGCUCAGUAUGCUUUGUAGCCCUGCUAUACGCUCACUGCUCUGCCACUCCUCCUUCCCUGACUGCAACCCAUCAGGGUUAGGACCGGCACCUAAACCUGUCUGCAGAGAACACUGCCUGGCAGUGAAGGAGCUGUACUGCCAUAAGGAGUGGUUGGUACUGGAGGGCAGCAGUUCAGUCCAGCCGGGCCUGUUCAGCUCUGUCCCUGGGUCCCACACUCCCAGUUCACUGCUGCCCAACUGUCAGAGCUUGCCAAGUCUUCGCACAGACCCUGAGGCUUGUACACAUGUCCCUUUUGUGGACAUCAAGAGAGACCAAAUUACAACAACAUGUUAUGAUGACAGAGGCCGUUUCUACCAAGGCAGUGCGAAUGUGACGAGGUCUGGGAUACCAUGUCAGCCAUGGAGCCAACAGGUUCCCCACCAGCACCGCCUGUCUGUAGAUGUGAUUCCAGAGUUGAAGAACUCAGACAACAACUGUAGGAACCCGGGUGGAAUCAGCGACAAGCCCUGGUGUUUCACCUCAAAUCCGAACAUACGCUGGGAGUACUGUGCGGUGCCGCAGUGUGGGGAGACAAGCGUGGUGUCAGUGAUGAAGCCAGAGUCACCAGGUCCUCGUCAGACUUCUCGUCUCCCUCCCACGGCCACAGGAUCAUCUCCAGCGUACUCCAUGUCCGUCAUCAUCAUCAUCCUGACUGCACUUGCAGCUGCGGUCUUCUUCACUAUCAUCCUCUUUGCCUGCCGUAGACGGAGGAAGCAGUGGAGAAACCGGAAGAGAGCUAUGGAGACCCCCACAAUGAGCGCUCUUCCCUCGGAGCUCCUGCUGGAUCGACUCCACCCCAACCCCAUGUACCAGCGGGUUCCCCUGCUGCUAAACUCAAAGCUGCUGGCGCUAGAGUAUCCCCGUAAUAAUAUCCAAUAUGUUAGAGAUAUUGGAGAGGGAGCCUUCGGACGGGUUUUCCAAGCCAGAGCACCAGGCCUGCUGCCGAUGGAGUCUUUCACGAUGGUGGCUGUGAAGAUGCUGAAGGAGGAAGCCUCAGCUGACAUGCAGAAUGACUUCCAGAGAGAGGCAGCACUCAUGGCUCAAUUUGACCAUCCAAACAUCGUACGGCUCCUAGGUGUGUGUGCAGUGGGUAAACCCAUGUGUCUGAUGUUCGAGUACAUGGCCCAUGGUGACCUCAACGAGUUCCUUCGUCGCAGAUCUCCAACCCAAUCCGUGCGCACCCUCAGCCAUGCCAGCCUGUCGGGUCGCAGUUUUUCUUCUGAGCUGGAGGCGGGACUUCUCUCCUGUGCUGAGCAGUUGUCCAUUUCCAAGCAGAUCGCUGCAGGAAUGGCCUACCUCUCAGAGCGCAAGUUUGUCCAUCGUGACCUUGCAACCCGGAACUGCCUAGUCGGGGAGGAAAUGGUGGUGAAGAUCGCAGAUUUCGGCCUCUCCAGAAAUAUCUACUCUGCUGAUUACUACAAAGCCAACGAGAAUGAUGCAAUCCCCAUUCGCUGGAUGCCCCCAGAGUCUAUUUUCUAUAACCGCUACACCACUGAAUCGGACGUGUGGGCCUAUGGCGUGGUAUUAUGGGAGAUUUUCUCCCAUGGGAUGCAGCCGUACUAUGGUAUGGGUCAUGAGGAGGUUAUUUACUAUGUGAGGGAUGGUCACAUCCUCUCUUGUCCUGAGAACUGUCCUCUGGAGCUGUAUAAUCUGAUGAGGCUUUGCUGGAGCACACACCCAUCAGACAGGCCCAGCUUCAGUAGUAUACAUCGGAUACUGGAGCGAAUGCAUCAGAACACACUGAGCAUGAAUGCUGACACCGAGGUCGACUGCUAACCUGGGACAUUUUUGCAAAAAAUAUUUCUCUCUUUCUCUGUGCAAAAAGACACAGACUUAUGUAGUGCUUUGGUGCCUGAAAACACACUUUAAAUGAACCCUAACACUGAGCAAGAGCAUUCAUAGAAUACUCAAACAGUAUAUUUCAGUAGAUUUUUCUUUUCAUAAGAACCACUCUGGUGCCCAUACCAAAUGUUUUUGUAUCAUAAACAAAACUUGCAUUUUCUUACUUGUUUAGUUCUGCAAUUGUUUUUAAAGAAUGUUGUAGUGCUUUCGACCUAGCCCGCCACUCCUUGCUAUUUACCAGCCCAUAUCCAUCAGAAAGGUCUGCUUUAUUUAUGAAAGAUGUUAAAUGCAUCUAUGAAAAGACUCCCUGACCCCAGCGCCUAACCAUGGUUGUGUUGGUUUGGUGGGGGUCAAUUACUAAGGGCGAAACUUGGCAAAGGGGGUCCAUUAAGAACCACAAAUGAUAAGAGGCUGUUUUCACGCAACCUAUGGCAGGCCUAGGUAUCACUAUCAUUAACAGCAGAAAGACCCCCUCUCAGAUGAGGUGGUAAGAUGUGUCUUACUUGCUGUACAAAGCUUAUCCAGCUUUUAGUCUGAUGCUCAUCUUAAAUAAAUCACGGCGAUUCAGAGCAAUUUGAAUUAAAGUCAGUGUAAAGUGAAUAAAGUUUAUGAUUUUGCAUCACCACGCUUUGAUGGUGAAUAGCAUGCAUGUCGGAAUCUUUAUUAAAUUGAAUCACCCUCACGAAUGAAUCAAACAUUGAUAAUAGCCUAAUUUUAUGUGUGAUCCAUGAUUAUGAUGAUGAUGAUGAUGAUACCGAUGGCAAAAAUAGCACAUUGUUAAUAUUUUACAAAUCAUGUUUUUAGGGGGGCUCAUGGCUUCUUAAAAGGAGCCAAGCUCCCACUGGAUCCCCUGUAGUUCACACCCUGCCCUUAGCCACUGUAAAUACAGAUGCACUCAAACAUUAUGCUUCAUCCAUUGCAUGUAGAAUUGUUGGAUUUCUUUUUUUCCUUUUGAGCUGUCAAGCCGUUGCAUAUGGUCAGACUGCUAAACAUUAGGGUUAGAAAGAGGAUGAGCCACUCUUGUUAUUGUCACCUCUAGCAAAUUCCAGAGCAGCACACAAUCACUUUAUACCAUUGCUGUUGAUUGUUUUGUAUAGACAAGUUGCUAUUCCAUUUUUGGGCAUUCUCUUUUUGUUUCUUUUAUUUGUCAUUUUGUUGAUCUUUGUCUUUUCAUUUUUGUUAUUUUUACUUUGUGACAGACACAGGGUUUGACAUAGCAAGUAAAUUAUAGCAGCAUUGGUCAAAUUUGUUAAUAAGUUAAUUAAUGAAUUCUUCUAAAUUGCAUCAUCAUCGCACACAAGUCUCUCGCUCUGACACACACAUUUGCUCAAUUAGCUUUGCAGAAGCUUAUUAAAUAAAUUAAUUCCUCUGCCUUAAAAUAGGCUCUUUAGUGAGUGAAGAAUGGCCAAAGUGUCAAAAAUAUCCUCAUUCUGAAAGACUAAAUUUUUAAUUGGUUCUCGCAAAGACUCUUUCUAAGAGAUCAAACUCGCUCUCUGGUCUCAUUUCAACUGUGUAAAAUUGAAUUAGGUGCAUAUUAUUACACAGUUUCAGCCCAGUAUUACCAACAUCUCUUUGUCAUAAUCAAUACCUUUCAAAUGAAUGACAUUUUUUAUUUCUUUUUAAAUGUGGUGUGAUGUUUUUGU